CAUCUAUGACUCGCUCUCUAGUUAUAUACAUAACGAGCUAAAGAACCCCAAUACCUGCUUUUUACUCCACGCGUGCGCCUGCUCGUGCCAGCGAGCCAGGCCCACCCUGCAUUCUUCCUUGCAAAAGACUUGACAGAUGGUGUUAAGCCAUUAAAUGAUCCGGUAGCAACCAAUUGCAUUUGCGACUCGGUCGCAACACAUAAAAUGCUGGCGAAAUUCUUGUCUGCGCUGCUUUACUUGCUAAGCGCAGUUGCAGUAUCUUCGUUCUCUACUGAUGUGGACGAGGAGCGGCUCAUCGGGUGGAAGGGCGAAACAUAUAGCCAGCGAGCUGCAGAGGAGUGGUCGCUGACCGUGACGGAGUCGGAGGGCAUCCCAUGGAUCGAGACGGUGUCAUGGAACCCGCGUGUGUUCAUCUACCACAACUUCCUGUCGGAUGCCGAAUGCCGCCACAUCAAGCGGACCGCGGCGCCCAUGAUGAAACGGAGCUCGGUGGUUGGGACCAACGGCUCAUCCGUACUGGACACCAUCCGUACCAGCUACGGCACUUUCAUUAGGCGGCGGCACGACCCAGUGGUGGAGCGGGUGCUGCGGCGAGUGGCGGCCUGGACCAAGGCGCCGCCGGAGAACCAGGAGGACCUGCAGGUGCUGCGCUACGGCCCAGGUCAGAAGUACGGUGCGCACAUGGACUCUCUCAUUGACGACAGCCCACGCAUGGCCACUGUUCUGCUGUACCUGCACGACACGGAGUACGGCGGAGAGACCGCCUUCCCCGACUCGGGCCACUGGCUGGAUCCCUCGCUGGCUCAGAGCAUGGGCCCCUUCAGCGAGUGCGCGCAGGGGCACGUGGCGUUCAGGCCCAAGAAGGGCGAUGCGCUAAUGUUUUGGUCCAUAAAGCCAGACGGCACCCACGAUCCCCUGUCGCUGCACACGGGCUGCCCGGUGGUGACGGGCGUCAAGUGGACCGCCACCUCCUGGGUGCACUCCAUGCCCUACAACUACGACGACUACUUCAAGACGGCGGCUGAUGCGGGCGAGCACGACGGCGAGCCGGGCGCGUGUACGGACCUACAUGACCAGUGCAAACACUGGGAGAGGAUGGGCGAGUGCAAGAAGAACCCUGCGUACAUGGAGUCGCACUGCGGCCGCUCCUGCGGCGCCUGCGAGCCGUGCGCGGGCGCAGACGACCUGGCCUGCAUCAACCGCAACCGCGAGAAGCUGGGCUUCAUGGUGUACGACAACGAGGAGCUGGAUGCAUGAUUGAACAUUGAAGGUUUGAGAGAGGAAUGUCCUUGCAAUGUCGCGAACUCAAGUAAGGAUUGCGUGAUGUGAUGAUUUGCAGUUUGUGAGAUUUGUGGUGUGGUGCACGGUGUAGUUAGGCAGGGUGAGGAGGUGAUGUAGAUGCAAGGAAAGAAGGCAAGGCGGUGCCGGGGGGUUGUUGACCAGCCGAGGUGCAGGCACCCAGGGAGGCAGCCUCUGUAGGUGGCGCGCUGCACUGAGGUGCCGAAGCGCUUCAAUAAAGCGCGGCCGUUCGAGGGUGGUGAUGUCAUUACUCGUGGCGUUGCUCGGCCUUCAGUAUAAGGGCAAGAAUAGACAUCGUGCCGUGCGCUUAUGACCGUACGUUGCAGUUGCAAGUUGCGGCGGGCCGCUGGGGGUUCUUGCCUCCGCUUGUGUUAGAUGAUGGGGGCUGCUGGCGGCACAUCUGCAAUGUGAUGGUCAAGGCAUUUCAUUUGGCGUAGAAGAGGGCAGGGAAGAAGGCUCGGCGGAAGGAGUGUCGCGGACGGGGUAGCUGAAGGAGGACGAUGCACGGGCAGCGGGGCAGCGGGGCCCGGAGGUGAGACCAGCUUCGGGCGCCUGCCGCCCAUCGCAUCGGUCGAAACCCAUUUCUUGACGUGCGCUCGCUUUUGGCUGCUGUCUUAAGGUAGCAGUGCAUCUUUCACGUUCUUAAUCUACAACGAAUA